GUCGUGGCCUUCUCAGGGAAACGUCAUCGACAGGCUCUCUCUUGUAGUGGUCUGGAUCGGCUGGAGUUCAGUUACAGAGACUGUCAACUAGAUUCAUUCUUUUCCCUUCAGACUCCUGAAACAUAUACUAUUGAACAAAAUGCCUGGACCCGCAGCUAGUGCAACAAAUGUUGGUGCCUCCAGCCGUUCCCCCAGUAAGACAGUGGCCCCCCGCACCGCCGGCACCUCUGCCCGACAGAGGAAAGCCCCUAGCAGCGGUGCACGCAGUGGAGGCCGAACCACAGCAUCAGCUGGCACAGGAGGGAUGUGGCGCUUUUACACUGAGGACUCACCAGGACUUAAAGUUGGUCCGGUACCAGUUUUGGUGAUGAGUCUGCUCUUUAUCGCAUCUGUAUUCAUGCUGCACAUCUGGGGCAAAUACACCCGCUCCUAAACCUGCAUGACCUCUGAACUCUGACCCUGAAGCCUGUCACCGAAUCUUAAGCCAUUGGACUUGGACCAAACUCUGACCAUCAACACCCCAAUCCCUUUUCCUUUAUUAAAACCUCCAUUUCAAGUUUCUUUUUUUUUUUUUUUUUUUUACCCC